GACCUACACAGGAAAAGUGGAGUAGCCGGCGGGGAAAAGCCAGGAGCACAGCACUCUGGGGUGUCGCGAGGGAGGGCUGCAGCGUCGGGACUUGCGAGGGCGACACAGCCCCAGCAGGUGGAACUGGGCUAUUUGCUGAAGCUUCUUUCCCUGUUAGCCCAAGGAGAAAUUUAAUUUUAGCUUUUCCUUACCAUGGCUUUGGUUCACAAAUUGUUGAAUGGCACUUAUAUUCGUAGAAAAUGCCUGAAGCCAAGUGUUGCCUCAUUGUCCAAGUGUGGUCCAUUUUUGAGUACUCGCUUUGCAGACUAUUGCUCCAGUAGCCUUCAGAAACCUUCAGUGCCUGCUUCUGGCAAAGCUUCUCAGAGGAAGACCGAAGGAAAUGUGGAAGGGCAUCACCAAAGAGAUGUUGCUUUGGAUAUAACUUCUCUGGGGACAAGCCUGAAGUUCAGUUUUGAUAAAGCAAUUAAAGAAGAAAUAAAGGACCAUUAUAAGGCGUUUGAUAAUGAUAUAGUGAAUCAUUGGAUAGCUGAAGGUCGCCCUCUGCAUGAGGUCUUGCGGAAAAGCAAGGUUGUCUGGCAGUUCCGUGGCAAAGAAGAUUUGGAUAAGUGGAUAGUGACUUCUGAUAAGACAAUGUGGCAGAAGGAAGCUUUCCUAAAGAGGGCAAGAAAUAACCAAAGUGCACUCCUGUAUGGAACCCUGAGCUCUGAGGCACCUCAGGAUGGGGAGAGUGGCCGAAGUGGGUACUGUGCGAUGAUAUCCAAGGUUCUCAGGGGACCUUUUGAGAUAAAGAAGUCUUAUGAUUGGUCCCAGUUCAACACUCUGUAUCUCCGUGUUCGUGGAGAUGGCCGGCCUUGGAUGGUGAAUAUCAGGGAGGACACGGAUAUAAUUCAGAGGAAGGAUCACAUGUACAGUUACUUCAUGUCACCCGUGGGGGGCCCUACUGGCAGGAGGGUCAAGAUUCCUUUCUCCAAAUUUUUCUUCUCCAAUCAAGGAAGAAUCCGGGAUGCUCAGUACCAGCUUCUGCUUGAUAAGAUCUCUUCUGUCGGAUUCACCUUGGCUGAUAAAGUGGAUGGUCCAUUCUUCCUGGAAAUAGAUUUUAUUGGAGUAUUUACUGAUCCAGCCCACACAGAAGAAUUUGCCUAUGAAAAUUCUCCAGAGCUUAAUCCAAGACUUUUUAAAUAAAUCUGUGGCAUUUCUAUAUUACUAAACUAA